AUGCAGAAAAAUGAAGAGGCAAUAGCAUCCGGUGGUACUACAAGGCUGUUGUUUCUAUCUGGCUCACAAAUCAACAAACAUUUUAAUAUAAAUCAAUUGAUAAGCGCUGGUGGCUUUGGACAGGUAUAUUCUGGCACAAAUAUUAAUACCGGUGAAUUGGUCGCCAUAAAAGCUGAGUCAAUUGAUGCCAAGAUUCCAUUGCUACGUAUAGAAGCAACCUGUUUGGAGGCACUCAAUCAUACCAUCAGACAAAAUUACCGGAAACCUCCUAAGGAGCCAAUACCGAACUAUUAUGGAUACGGUGAAACACAUGACGUUCGAUAUAUGGUUGGUUCAUAA